UCCCGAUUGAAAGCAGUAAGCACCGACAUAACACAAAUCUCAACCCAAUUAUUGAUAAAGUUUUAUCAGCAAAACGUGUGGAUGGUUUAGCUCGACUAUGGAUAAGCCGUGAGGAAAUAUUUAUAUACGAACAA